AUGGGUCAUCGAGUAGUCCCUCCUUGUGGCCAAUUUGAUAUUGUUUCUAAUUUGAGGGUCACGGAGCUGAUUGACUUCAAUAAUGCAAUGUGGGACGCCGAUGCUCUUGCUCAAUACUUUGACACGAAUACUGCUGUGGCAAUUCUCACAAUGCCUCUUUCUAGUCAAUGGCCUACCGACAAGCUAUACUGGUUUCUAAACAAGAGUGGUGUUUUCUCCAUGAAGAGUGGAUAUUGGUUGGCUCUCCUUGGCCACAAUACCGAGGCCGACAGCUUCGAAUCAGUAGAGAUAGAAAAACUGUGGCGAUUAGUAUGGAAUGUUUUGGAUCUCCCCAAACUCUGUCAAUUCCUAUGGAGACUAUGUAAGGGUUCUUUGGCUUCAAAGGCUGUGUUAUAUAAUAGAUAUUGUGUGCUCUCCUCUACUUGUGAUAGAUGUGGUAAUGACAACGAAACCGUUUUCCAUUCUCUGUAUGAUUGCCCCAAAGCCAUGAUAAUAUGGGAAAAACAUGCUGCUCACUCCCUCCUGGUUGAUGCCCCCCGUGAGUCCUUUCCUGAGUUCUUCUCUUGGAUCCAUGGGCAUACAACAAAUGAGGAAUUUGCUUCCAUCUGUGCGACGCUCUGGGCUGCCUGGUUCUACCGCCACAAACAGGUGUUUGAGGGUGAUGAUGGAGAUCCUGUGAAGCUGGCAACUAAUUUCAACCGAUUGGUGACUAAGUAUAAUGUGUUUUCUUCGAAGAUUUUUAGGGCUAAGGAUGAUGAGGACUCUGAUUGA